AUGUCGGCAACAGAAUCUCCCAGUGUCAAACCCUCUUCCUCGGUGGCCAAACCCAGAAAACGCUUUGUGGGCACUAAAACUGCCAAAUCCUCCAAACCAGGAGCUAGGCCUGUCUUGAGCCACCAAAUUCCUCCCGAAAUCUUGGAAAACGAGCAACUCAACGCAGCGAUCAAGACUCUUCCAUCCCAUUAUUCUUUUGAAAUCCACAAGACGAUCCAUCAUGUCAGGAAGAACGAGGCAAAAAUGGUUGCCCUUCAAAUGCCCGAGGGUCUUCAAAUGUUCGCUUGCACAAUCGCGGAUAUAAUCGAGCGGUUCACUGAUGCUCUGACGGUUAUCAUGGGGGACGUCACAUACGGAGCUUGCUGUAUUGAUGAUUACACUGCUGUUGCUCUAGGAUGCGACAUGAUGGUCCAUUAUGGACACAGCUGUUUAGUCCCCAUGAACGUCACGACCAUCAAAACUCUAUACGUUUUUGUCGAAAUUGGCAUCGACUCUAUGCACCUCGCUGAAACGAUCAGAAUGAACUUCCCCGACGAUCGCCAGACCUUCCAUGAGACGCUCCUAGAUGAUGAGGAACAACGAAGCCGUGUCGCACCUGGGUGCCAGAUCGGGCCCAGUAAGCAACUGCUUUUGGAGGGUUCUUCUCCUAGCACAGAGAAGAGCGAUGGAGGCCAUCUCGUGAAGAAAAUCCCCACGAAACUGGCACUCGUAUCGACCAUCCAAUUUGUGGCGGCACUUCAACGGCUGAAGGAGGACCUCGCAGCGGAACUCCCUGUGGAAAGCGAGAAUAACUCCUCCCAACGGAAGCGUCAACUUUGGACGGGAGCAUACGAUGCCAUCAUCCCGAGGUCAAAGCCGCUAUCUCCCGGUGAGAUUCUGGGAUGCACCGCUCCCCAGCUCAGCGACGUCGAUGCACUUAUGACCCGCAGUUAUCUUGGUGACGGUCGUUUCCACUUGGAAUCCAUCAUGAUUGCAAAUCCAAGCGUCCCAGCAUUCCGUUACGAUCCUUAUUCAAAGAAAUUGACUCGGGAACGUUACGAUCACCAUCAAAUGCAGGCCAUCCGCGAUGAAGCAGUUCAGACUGCGCAGCGCAGCAUCCAGGCGCUCUCGCCUGAGAACCGACCUGCAGAAGAAACACCCAUUUGGGGGGUAAUCCUUGGAACCCUCGGUAGACAGGGAAACUUCAAACAACUCCAGGCGAUCACCCGCCAGUUGGAAGCAUCCAAUAUCAGCAUCCCUUACGUUCAAAUUCUGCUCUCCGAGCUCUCCCCGGCGAAACUUUCCCUAUUCAACCCGCACAUCUCGACCUUCAUCCAAACAUCGUGUCCCAGGCUUUCCAUAGACUGGGGAUAUGCAUUUGAAAAGCCUCUCCUUAGCCCAUAUGAAACAGCCGUUGCUGUCGGGAAGAAACCGAGUUGGAAGGAGACGAAGGUGGUGAGGAAGCACGAGAAGGAUACGAUUGGGUUGUAUCCCAUGGACUUUUAUGAAGCUGGAAGCCCGUGGGCUAUAUCGAGAGCUACUGCAGAAUUUUAA